AUGGAAGAGCUCCGAGCCAAGUUUCACAACGACGAUCUGCGUCUGUUCGAUGGCGACCUGGACGAAUGGCUCAACCUCGCGCGGGUCAACGCCAUCUACCGCGUCCGCGUGCGCGGCACAACGCAGGUGAUGCUGGUGAAGAAAUACCUCCUCAAUCAUCGCGUCGUGGUGCGCCGUGGCGAUAAUACUGGCCAGGUGCUCGAUCUUCUUCUAGUCGACGACCAAGGAGAGGAGAACCCCGAGUUCAACUCUGCGACGAUGGCGGUCUACGUCAAGCUCAUUGAUAUCUACAACAUUGAUAAGCUGUGUCGCUGA